AUUAAGAAGUAAUUAAAAAUGUGCCAAUUAGGAGUUAUUGGACGUCUUUUUAGAGCGAUGAUCAAUUUUUUAUAUGUGUUUUUCGAAACGUUUGCUGAUUAUGUGAAUUUCCCUCUGAGAUUCAUAUUUGAGAUCAUCUACGAAGUACUUUUCCUGGAUGCACAGCGCGAACCGGAAAACAACAGCGAAACUUUGUUGCAAGGAAUUCCAUCGAAUCUCCUUCGUUUAUCUGCGAUCAACGUGGACACCACCAAUUUUCCUCGGGCUUCUUCAUCGAUCAACCUUGGAGAGCCUGAUUUGUUGUCCCAAAGCGAUAAUUCUUUAACAUUGGGAUCAUCAGUAUCAACUCCCAAUGUAAUUUAUUACCCUGCAGAAGAAGGUGACAGCAACAUCGAGAGACCUAUCCGUUAUAGACGAUCUCGUGGAGUAGCUACGUACAUUCUUCCAUCACCGAGUCUUCGCAGAAUGCAACGAGAUAGAGCUUCAAGGGGAUUAAGACCUCUACCUGUUCAAAAUCCUUUCAUUGAACAAGAAGAGGAUACCGAUUCUUAAAUUUUU